AUGGCUGCUCGGCUUUCUACACGACUCAGCAUCCGCUGGGUGCCGGGAGAGCCUUCUGAACCAACUGACACACUUGUUAUGAGUGUAGGAGGCUGGUUUGUAGACCUUCGCAUCACCAAGCAGGACGGGUCUAUUGACUGGGGCAUGGCUGGCGAAAGAUUUAUCCUGUCUGAAAAGCCCUUCACCUGCAAGUGGACGCACUGGAUCGAUUCCAAUGGGUACACGGAGCCUGAUAUCGGCAGCUUUGAGCCUGUCGAGUCACCUGGCUCUACCGACUCCAUCGAGACAGGCAGCAUGCUUAACCCGGAAACCAACAUUGUGACACCUUAUGAGGAAGUCUGGCGGUCACUACCAGCAAGCUUUGGGGAGCUCUUCACAUCAUCCUGGAUCAUCCGCAGCAUUGAUAAAAGGACUUUCAUCGGCCGGGUGGGAGGGGAUUACUUGGCUUUGAAAGGGGGAAGCGAGGGGCCAGUAGGCAUGAAGGGUUUCUGUGCCAGACGAGAAACUUGGGAGGCUGAACGGGGUUCGUGGACGGUCAAGUAUGCGGCAGGCGACAAAGAAAACUUGUCUACUCUUCCUAGCAUCAACACUUAUGUCGAAAAUGGCCAACCCAAGGAACAGGACUGGGAAAAGACCAGCAAAGAAGGAGAUGUGGUAGAGGUAUUUGGAGAAAAAUAUAUCGUCUGCGCGAUUGAGAGAUGA